AUGAGUUAUAGCGAGAACCAAACCACAGGGUCUCAUUAUAGGCAGGAUAUAGCUGGGAACAGUAUGUCUCCUGGUACAGAUCCAAAUAUUGCUGAAAGUUCCCAUACAAAUUCGUCUUCUACGUUCAACUCAAGAAUUCGUUCUCAUUCAAUAAGACAGCAUUAUAGUCCAGGGGAUAACUAUUCAGAUGGCCAGAAUCAAGUCUCAUAUCCAAAUACUGCUGCAACUUCCGCAAACGAUUCUUCCACUUUUUUCUUUCCAAGUAAUUUCGAUUUCAACACAAAUAAUAUGAACAGUAGUAGCAAUAAUAAUAGUAUGACAGGUAUGGAUACAGCGAUGAUAAAACAGGCCUCUAUUGAUCCAAACGAUGAUGACAGUUUCACAAACCAACAAAAUUUAGUCGCUCCUUUCUCCUUUUUAACAACUUCAGUCAUCGACACUACUCAUAUUCCAAUUUCGACUUUACCAUCUUCUUCUUUCAGAAGUAUAGAGAGUACACCAACGGCUGCCUAUAAUAAUGAAAAUAUGCAUGUAUUAAGAAGACGCAUUUCUAUAUCAAAUGGCCAGAUUGGUCAGUUAAAUGAUGAUAUUGAAACAGUAGAAAAUUUGUACAAUACUCAACCACCCCCACUACCUCAAGCAUACCACCAUCCCCAUCAUAUUUUCCAUGACGAACAACAACAACAACAGCAGCAGCAACAACAGCAACAGCAACAGCAGCAACAAGAGAAUAUGUUUUUGAAUAGUAGCUAUGACAAUACCUCACGCUAUAACGACAAGAGGAAUAGCAUAGUAAAUACCAUGGCUAAUAAUAACAACUAUAUGGCUAUGCAAGGGAUGAAUGUUGAAAUAGUUCCUGUAUCUACUAAUAUACCUUCUCAACAAACAUUGCAAACACAAGUUCAGCUCCAGCCACAACCUCCUCCUUUACCUCAGGCAAUCAAAACAGAACAAGCACACACUCCAAAUAUGAUGCAAUAUCCGUACCGUGCAACAUUUAAUGAUCCUGCCUACAAUACCAGUGCGCAUAAUAGCAUCACAGACCUUCAUAAUUAUUAUGAUCAAUUGCCCGCUCGUUACAAUAAUAGGAACUCUCGAAGGGAGAGUAUCCUCACUGAUGAAAUGAAAAAAAGUAGACUAUUAGAAAGAAAUAGAAUUGCAGCUUCUAAGAGCAGAAAGCGUAAGAAAUUUGCAGAAUUGGCACUUCAGAAAAGUUUCGUUAAGCUUAACAAUGAAAAUAUGCAUUUGAAAUCUAAAUUAUUCAAUUAUGAAAAUUUACUGGUUAAAUUUAAGAAAAAAUUAAUGGUCCACUUUAAUGACAAAAACCUUAAUAACGAUGACAUUACAGGUCUAAAAUUGCAUGAGAAGGAUUUCAAACUAUUUAAUAUAAUUGAAGAUAUGGUAAAAAUAGAGUUUGGUGUAAAAGAAGUGAACCAAUACGGUCUGGUAUUGAAAAUGGAUGAUUCAGCUGACAACACUAAUGACAAUACUAAUACAACUGACAAUGAUAAUACAAAUGGUAAUGAUAAUACAAAUGACAUUGAUAAUACUAAUCAAAAUAUUCACUAUGGAAGUUGA